AUGCUGCUUGCGGCUUGGGUCUCCGCGGCUGCUGCUGCUGGGGCGGGGCCAGCCUCUCUAAGUACGGCAGUGUCGGCACCAGACGCAGCACCUCCACCCGACUACUCAUAUCCUCCGCCGUCCGAAUACUCAUAUCCUCCGCCGUUCUGGCUCUCCCCGCCGGAUUAUGUUUCAGACACGCCGCUGCACCACAACAUCCACGACUACCACAUCGCGUUUCCGGCGCGGUGGGGUGCUCCCCCUUCCACCGCCUCCACCACCGCCACCCCCCCCUACGCCACCCCUGCCACUCCCAUACCCGCCACAACUCCCCCUUUCACCACCUCCGCCACCUCCAUACCCGCCACACCUCCGCCCUCCACCUCCCCCGCCACCACUCCCCCCUCCACCACCUCCAACCCUGCUAGCGCCCAUGCCACCCCACCUCCGCAAUCUCCGACCCCUCUACCACCUCCGCCACCUCUAACCCCCCCAGCGCCCAUGCCGCCUCUGGCCGCCAAUGCCAGUACUACCACGCCACCACCUCUUCCACCAGGCGCACCAAACAGCCAGUUGCAAGGCGGGUCGAGUGGCACCUCCCACGGCCCCAUUGUGGCGGCUGCCGUGGUGCCGACCUUGGCGCUCGUGGCGGUGGCCGUGGGUUUGUACUACUACAACAAGAGGCGCCAUGUGAACCACGCGCUGGACAACCUCAUGGGUGGCGAGGAGGCCUAG